GCGACAGUGAAAAUUUUGCUGUUGUUAUAAACUAUUUCAUCUCAUUGAAUUGCUUUACAAAACCCAGAAACUGGAUACGACGGAUUCAGCUCCAACGCCCAACCUGAAGAUCACCAGUACCUCAUCUCGCACCUGGACGAGUUUUUCGGCCAGUGAAAUUGAAGGAUUCAUCUCUGCAGUCUUCAAUGCCAGUAAUUUGCUUGAUUUGACACAAUGAAUUACCAAGAAACAACAGAAGAUUUAAAUACAUUUGUCGACAAAUUAGCCAACCUGAUAAAUGAUACUUUCAAAUCCUGCAUAAAGAACUAUGAUACAUUACUGCCGUUCAUUAAUCAAAAGGAAAUAAAUGCUAAAAUACAUCACAGAUUAGUAUUUGUUAAUAUACUGUUGAACAAGUUAAAUGAAGAACUUUCAGGACUUAUAACUGAAUAUGUAACUGUGUCACCAUAUGAACAAAAAGGGGAGACUGUUCUGUUUGAAGGAGGGAGGAGGAGAAGAAAGUCCCAUAUGCUGAAGUUAGACGGACAACAGACUGAAAGUAAAAAAAGUCCAUAUUCCGAUAAUAGAAAGUGUUCCAUUGCUUUAACUUCACAAACUGGAAUCAAUAUACAAUCAGAUAAUUUAUUAUUAAUUGGUACUGAGAAAGCAAUUAAUACACAGCCACAGAAAUUGGACAUGCAAGAGAAGAAAAAUGUAAAAACAGAAACACAAGAUUCAAAUAAAUUUGAAGGAGGUACGCAGAGAAUAAUGUCUGAUGUGGUUGAUUUAGACAGACAUGAGACCAAAAGUAUAAAAAUGGAAUUGCCAUUUUCCGAUAAUUCGAAGUGUUCCAUUCCAUUAACGUCACAGACUGGAACCAAUAUAAAACCAGAAAAUUUGGUAUUAAGGGAUAAUGAAGAAACAAGUAACACACAAGCACGGAAGGCGGACAUGCAAGAGAAGAAAAAUAUAAAAACUGAAGCACAAGAGUCAAAUAAAGUUGAAGAAGGUAGAAGGGGAAUAAUAUAUGAUGUGCUAGAUUUAGGCAGACAUCAGACCAAAUGUAUAAAAGUGGAUGUGCCAUUUUCUGAUAAUGCCAAGUGUUCCAUUCCAUUAACUUCACAGACUGGAACCAAUGUAAAAUCAGAGAAUUCACUGUUAAGGGAUAAUGCACUGAAGUUGGAUAUGCAAGGGAAGAAAAAUAUAAAAACAGAAACACAAGAUUCAAAUAAAGUCAAAGGAGGCAGGAAGAGAAUAACAAGCGAUGUGCUUGAUGUAGGCAGACACGAGACCAAAAGUAUGAAAGUGGAAGUGCCAUUUUCCGAUAAUACCAAAUAUUCCAUUCCAUUAAUUUCACGGACUGGAACCAAUAUAAAGUCAGAGAAUUCGGUAUUAAGGGAUAAUGAACAAACCAGUAAUAUACAGGCACAAAAGUCAGACAUGCAUGCAAAGAAAAACAUAAAAACCGAAGUACAAGAAUCAAAUGAAGUUGAAGAUAUACAUGAAUUCCCCAUAACUAGUUGUCAGAUUCCUGUGGCUCACAACUUCUAUGACACUACAAAUAAUGGAGCAACAGUUCAUUUUGCUGGUGAUGGGGUAAAUGCAUCUGUUGUAGAUAGACAUGUAGUGGGUAAUGUGUGUAAUACACCUUUUGACACUCUUACUCACAGUGAAAAUAAUGAAAUGUGUGUUCCAUUACUAAAUGUAGGAAGUGAGACUAGCAGUCAGGAGAAACGUGAAAACACUGUCAACAUUCUUAGUAAAGAUCAUGACAUUUACAGAGGACUGCGAGAAGAAGUUGGCUGUACCACUUCUCUUUCUGCCCAUGCAAAAAGAUCAUUUGACAGUAAAGAACCUCCUGUUACUUUCAGUACUUGUGAUAAUCAAUCUGCUGUGUUACUAGGAGGGAGAGAAAAUAGCUUUUACGGGGGAUGGAGAGAAGCUCCUCAUUGUCCUAGGACAUAUAUAAACGGUGAUGUCCCUGCUCAGAGAUCAGAGAAAUGGUGUAGAGCAGAAGAUUCACUAUGUGGUAUCAUAAAGAUCAGGAAUGGGAUGUAUAGAUCUUCACUUUUUUGUGACAUGGCAGUGUUUGGUCAUGUGAGAGGAAAGCAGUAUAAAAGAGCACGAAUAACUGCCAGGAGAGAGAGAAAAUUGGAGAAUUUGAUAUUAAUUGAUAGAACAGUAACAAGUGAUACAGAGGAAGAGAAUUUGUUGUACAUGCUUGCAAAGAAAAGCAUAAAGAUGAAACUACAAGAUUUAAAUAAAGUUGAAGGAGAUGAGAAGAGAAGAAUGUCUGAUGCACUCGAUUUAGGCAGACAGGAGACCAAAAGUAUAAAAAUGGAAGAGCCAUUUUCUGAUCAUAAAAAGUAUUCUAUCCCUUUAACUUCACAGACUGGAAUCAAUAUAAAGUCAGAUAAUUUGGCAUUAAUGGAUAAUGAAGAAACAAGUAAUACACAGGCACAGAAAUUGGACAUGCAUGUGAAGAAAAACAUAAAAUCAGAAGUACAAGAAUCAAAUGAAGUUGAAGGAAUACAUGAAUCCCUCAUAACUAGUCAUCAGAUUCCUGUGGCUCAGAAAUUGUAUAACACUACAAAUAAUGGAAUGACCGUUCGUUUUAUUGGUGAUGAGGUAAAUGCAUCUGUUACAGAUAGAUAUGUGCAGGAUAAUGCAUUUGAUAAACGUUUUGACACGUUUACUCACAGAGUAAAUAAUGAAGAGUGUAUUCCAUUUCGAAAUGUAGGAAAUGAUACUAGCAACCAAGAGAAAUGUGAAGACAGUGGCAGUGUUCUUAGUACAGAUUAUGACAUUUACAGAGGACUGCAAGGAGAAGUUGGCCGUACCAUUUGUUUUUCUGAUGAAGUAAAAAGACCAUUCGACAGUAAAGAGCCUCCUGUUACUUCCAGUACUUGUGAUAAGCAAUCUGCUGUGUUUAUAGAACAGAGAGCAAAUAGCUGUAUUGAGGGAGGGAGAAGAGCUCCUCAUUCUCGUAUAAAAUAUGAAAAAGAUGAUGUACUAGUACAGAGAUCAGAGGAACGGUGUAGAGCAGAAGAUGCACUAUAUGGUAUCACAAAAAUCGAGGAUGGGUCAUAUAGAUGUUCAGUGUGCGAUUGUAAACUUGUUUGUGGCAUGUCAGUGCUUAGUCAUGUGAGAGAAAAGCAGCAUGAAACAGCACGAAUAACUGCCAUGAAGAAUGAUUGUGCCAAAGGGCCUGAAGUUCCAAAUAACAGUUGUGGAGGUGAACUUGUUAACUACCAGGCAGAGGAGGAUCAUAUGAAAGGAAAGAAGCAUAAAAUAAAACAAGAAACUGCUGAAAAGAACAAUUGUCCCAAAAAGUUUGAAACUUCAAGCAACAGCUGUGAAAGUACUACACCUGUUUCUUUGUGUUCAGCUGUUUCUUGCUCACUUGCUGACAGUGUUGCUAUUGUAGAGGAUCGACAUCAGGUAAUGUCAGUGAAACGUUCAGUUAUGUUAAAUGAUAUUUGGACAUAUUUUUAUGCACCAUUCCACAUUAACAAACAAUUCAUCAGGUUUCAUUCCAGGCAAAUAAUCUGCUCCCUUUGUUGGGAACAAGUAGGAAGAUACAUAUUAAAUGUAAGGGUACACAUUUCUAGCUUAAGUCAUCUUGAUCGGGUAAAUAUAUUACGAAAUAUUGAACUGAAAAAUAAGUCAUCCAAUAAACAACUAUUGGAUAUACCAGGCAGUCUAAAGAACAUUGUUCCUGCUACUCAGUUUAGCUUGAGAAACAAUGGUUUCUUUUGUAGUGUGUGCAACUGUUUCUGUGAAAAAGCACUUAUAUUAAGUCAUAUGACAGGUGCAAGCCAUGGCAGAAAGCUAGAUGAAAUGAAAAACUUGGUAAAGAGCUAACAACGGUAACAGUGUGAGAAAGCCGAAAUGAUGAAUUAAAAAUGUGUGAGAUUAUGAUGUUAAUUUUACUGUAUAUAUAUUAUUUCCUUUGAUUGUUUGUUCAUGUAGUGUGAUGACUAUUGCUUAAGCUGCCAAGGCAGAGAUUGGAUAGCUCCAGAGUCCAGUCAUCUAAUAUUAAGAUUUUUUUAUUACGUAAAAAGAAAUACUCUUCUGUAGCAAAGUUUUAUAUGGCUCAACUGUUUAGUCGGAGGAAAGAACUCCUGUGGUAUUAUAGCCAGAAUCAGGAUUAUUUUGUCCUCCCCCCUUUUCCUUCUUUCCAUCACCCCUUCCCACAUCUCUCUCUCUCUCUCUCUCUCUCUCUCUCUCUCUCUCUAUCUAUCUAUCUAUCUAUCUAUCUAUCUAUAUAUCUACCUUUAAAUUUACAACUGCGUACCAUGGAAAUGAUAACAGGAAGAUCAGUGUACAGUUAUUUAAUUUGUCACAUGUUGUAAAUGUGUAUUCAAUCAGUCUGCUGAUAUGUACCGAUUAUUAUUAGAGAUUGAGUGUCUGCCAAAGAAAAGUGAAGAAAUAAUUGCAUCACACAACAGUUAUCCAAAAGUGUCACCAAGGGUAUCAUUUUUAAGGAGGCGCCAUUGGGUAAAGUGAGAUGAAAAUUAACAAUGAGACAAGUAUGUGAGAUAAAUUGAAAACAUCAAACUUAUUUAAAGGGAAAAAGUAAUUUACCAUGGAACAGCUGAUGGAUAUAUUAGUUAAAGUUUUCAAGCGCAGUACCUUGUCAACAGCAGGUUUAAACAUGUUGUGAGGAGUAUGUCUGUACCAGUUUCAUGUGACUCUUGCCUUGCAUAUUGCUUAUUUUUCCUGAUACACACUUACUUAAGUUCAUAUCACUGUGUGUUGUUUAAAUUAGUUUGUAGUUAUUUGCUUGGAUGUUCCAGUGACCAUAUAUUGUAAGAUUACUCUUUAUAGAUGAAUUUGUCAUUCAUUUAGUUAAGAUAGUGUUUCCCCCUCCUGCCGGUGUUGCUACAUGCCAGCCAUUUGCUCAGAUAUCUUAUAUGUAUAAACUUAUUAUCUAUUCAAAAUUCCAGUUUUCAAGAAAGAGGAUUCCUGAGUUGGAAUGCUUUCAGUUAGUCUGUAAUGUUAUUUUUAUUAAAAAAUUUAUUAUUUGGAAGGUAGAAGAUGACAAAUUGUUAUAGUUAUGUAUUCCAUUCCUUUUUACAACAUAUUAUAAUGAUAAUUGUGUGCACCCCUUCUCCUCAUAUAAUUCCUUAAUUUCAUCUAAACAUCACUGGCUUGCCCUGCCCUAAGUUCCAUCUGACUUACCAGUGUAACUUUCCACCCCGGCUUUAUAUGUGUACUCUUUGCUAUUUACCUUUUCUUCACCAGUCGUUCAUGACGAGCAAAGUGCCCCAGUAGUUACAGCACUGGACACACAUUUGGUAGUAGCGGAGUUAAAAUUGCAUUUGGACCACCCUGAUGUAAGUACUCUGCACCUAACAUAAGUACCUUGAGUAACUGCAAGGAUUGCUCCAAUCUGAGUGUGUGCCAGUCUUUAAUGGCCUCAUCAGCUGGAUUUUAGUCUCUAAUCUCUCUUUCUUCCCAUUCUUCCUGCCAUCCAUGCUUUCUGUAUUAUACCCUCACAUCGAGUUCUUUCCUGCAUAUGACAUGCUGUUCUUUCUACAUUCUUAAUCAUUCUGUUCAUUCUCCAUUCACACUGUUUCUUGAUUUAAACCCAAACACCCCACACCCCUAUAUUGGGCUAAAGGCACAAUGAAUUUGUUUCACACACAAUAUCAAGCAAUCAUAUUUAGACACAAAAUGAGUGUCAAAUUUGUUCACAAGUCAUUGUAUAAGUAGUAAGUCAUAUUUGCACUGUAUUUUUGAGUGAUUCAUGAUUAUUAGAACCACUAGAUCAAGUCAAGAUAUUUUUUCCUCCUCUCAAAGCAUCUGUCAGAGAAGCAGUUGUACCAUGUAAUGAAUGUAAUGAUGGUGUUGCUAAUGUAAACAAUGUCAGUUUCCUUACAAUUCAUAUUUAUGUAACCAAAUUGACUGCUAUAAUACAUAGAAUAAGAAUAUGGCUUGUAUAAUGUCUUUUUACUGUGUGAUUCGAAGACAACAUAUAGAGGGUUUUAAUUCUUUAUUUCUGGUGGAGAGCAAUUAGAAUUAUCACAAUUGGUUUUAAAAAGACAAAAGAGUGAAAAAUACUCAAACAUUAUCAAAUACAGUGAUAGUGGCUUCAUGGCAUUGCAGUCAAGCAACAUCCCACACUAUAGUCAAUAAGACUGAAAGGGAAAGCAGUGAAUAAGCCCACAGUGUCACACUCAUCAGAAACAGCGACAAAGUAGACAUGAUUAUUAUUAUUAUUAUUAUUAUUAUUUUUUUU